AUGGCGGGCGAGGCUUUGCCCGGGGGCGCAGCCCCACUGGAGCUGCGGCGGGAUCGCAGUAUGGUGUGUGUGGAGUACCCAGGCGUGGUGCGCGACGUGUCCAAGAUGCUGCCGACCCUUGGCGGUGAGGAAGGCGUCUCCCGGAUCUAUGCAGAUCCCACUAAGAGGCUAGAAAUGUACUUCCGGCCCAAGGACCCUUACUGCCACCCAGUAUGUGCCAACCGCUUCAGUACUAACAGCCUCCUACUGCGGGUCAAGAAGAAGACAAGGCGGCAGGCAGAGGCACCAGGGCCUGAGGCCUGCCCUCAGGUCAAGUUCGAGAUAGAGAUCCUUGGCACCAUCUCCACCACCUACAAGUUUCAGGGAAUGUCUGACUUCCAAUACUUAGCCGUGCACACGGACGAGAAUGGAAGACACACAUCAAUGUAUGACAAAGUGCUCAUGCUCAAGCCGGAGAAGGAGGAUUUCUUCAAUCAGGAGCUGCCACUCUACAUUCCCCCGCCCAUCUUCUCCCGUCUGGACACCCCAGCAGACUACUUCUACCGACCAGAUAUCCAACACCGGGAAGGCUACAACAACCCCACCGUCUCAAGCGAGAACCUGAUUGGCCUGAGCAGAGCCCGGCGCCCCCACAAUGCCAUCUUUGUCAACUUUGAAGAGGAUGAGGUGCCCACGCAGCCACUGGAGGCUGCAGUCCAGACAUGGAAGAGAAUCUGCACCAACCCCAUAGACAGGAAAGUGGAGGAAGACUUGAAGAAGCUGUUUGAAAUCCGGCCUAUCUGGUCCCGUAGUGCUGUCAAAGCCAACAUCAGCAUUCAUCCUGACAAGUUGAAGGUGUUGUUGCCCUUCAUGGCCUAUUACAUGAUAACAGGCCCCUGGAGAAGCUUGUGGAUUCGGUAUGGCUAUGACCCCCGAAAAAACCCAGAUGCUAAGAUCUAUCAAGUACUUGACUUCCGAAUCCGUUGUGGAAUGAAAUACGGUUACACCCCCAGUGACAUGCCUGUCAAGACAAAACGCAGCGCCUACAACUACAGCCUCCCUAUCACUGUCAAAAAGACACCCACCCAGCUCACCAUGCAGGACCUGAAGCAGGGCCUGGGCCCAUCGGGAUCAAUCAAUGCACGAAAAUCAAUCUCCAACAAGUAUAAGCUCAAGGACUCUGUCUACAUCUUCCGGGAGGGAGCUCUGCCGCCUUAUCGACAGAUGUUUUAUCAGUUUUGUGAUUUGAACGUGGAAGAGUUACAGAAAAUCAUUCAUCGCAAUGAUGGCGCAGAGAAUAUGUGCUCAGAACGGGAUGGUUGGUGUCUCCCCAAGACCAGUGAUGACCUGAGGAACGCCAUGUCUGGCAUGAUCCGGCAGGCCCUGCGCUCCACGAGGCCUGCUCUCUUCUCCGGCCCAGGCAAAGCUGAUGAAGGGAAAGAGCAGCUGCCAUAUGAGUUUGCAGAAGAUGAGGAGGAUGAUGAAGAGGAGGAAGAGGAGUUCAACUUCCUUAUGACUGAUGAAGGGAAAGAGCAGCUGCCAUAUGAGUUUGCAGAAGAUGAGGAGGAUGAUGAAGAGGAGGAAGAGGAGUUCAAGCCUUCAGAUGGGAGUGAAAAUGAGAUGGAGACAGAGAUUCUAGACUUAUGUGUGAGAAGCCCUGGUCUGGAGGCAAGUCUGGUGUUCAGGCCUCAGAAUGUCAGGGCUGAGCCCCCUACUGCCUCACAGUAG